GCUAGUACUGGAAGGUGUGUCGGUGGUAGCGGUUGUGUGUAGUGAGGUGCUGCACUGUUUCUCUUUCAGACCUUGGUGUGCCGCAGGGUGUUCGUUGUGACGCUUCAGUUUGCGUUGGAGGCCUCACCGCUUGUUUGGUGACUGUGUUAGUUCGCAAGUGUUAGCAAUGCUUGGAGGACGGACGUGUGGUGCGAGGCGCGUGCUGGCGGUGGUGGUGGUGGCUGUGAUGGUAGCGCACUUAGCUCUGGCUGAUGACUAUGACUGCGGCUACAAGACAGUGUGGCUGGAGAAAACGGAGUACAGACCGGUGCCUUACUACAACGGAGGAAAGUCGGUGGCUAACACGUACGAGCCGGUGUACCUCACGACUACGAUCCUCAACAAACAGUCAGUGCCUUACUUCAUCACGCAGACCCAGAACGUGCCCCAGUUCGUCACCAAGAAGGCCACGCUGCCCCAGUACAUCACCCACACCGUCAUCAACACCCUGCCCAAAUACAUCACUGUCACCGAGAAGUCAUACGUCACUGUGUACGCCACUCGAACACGGAAGAGUUACGAAACCAUCUGCCCCAAAGGAUACGGCCACGGGGGUCACGGUGGCCACGGGGGACAUGGCGGAUACGGAGGGGGACAUCACCACUGAGGUAAACAAGGAGUGGAAGGUUUUUAUAGCCGCGGCAGGACCGUGAGAAGAGUGAUGGAGUAACGUGCAUGAUGAUUUAUCAUUGUUGUUGUCACUGUUAUUGUUGUUGUUAGUCUCGUAGUAUAACCCAAAAAGUGUAUUUUCUAUGUCACGAAUUCCACGUAUGUACUACUCGUGCGUGCUAAUACAUGUUUUCUAGUCCUUGAUAAACUUGCAAACUUUGA